AUGGCUCUCAGAUAUCUCGUACCGGCCUUGGCCGUAGUGGGCUCGGCAGCUGCCGCCUGCAGUGGAACCUCGACCAUCUCCAGCUCCGCCGACGCGGCCGCCCUCUCGACAUGCUCCACCUUCUCCGGCGACAUUGCGAUUGCCACGAGCAACGGGGAUGACAUUGCGCUGGACGGCAUCAAGAGGAUAACGGGUAGCCUGAGCGUGCGGAAGAACAACAAGAUGUCGUCCCUCUCCGCGGACAGCCUCUCUCAGAUCGACGACUCGUUCGAGAUCCAAGACGCUACGCUUCUUUCGACCCUCAACUUCCCAUCCCUGACCGCCGUCGACACCGUUAGCUGGAUUGGUCUACCCCAGCUCGGCAGCCUGUCGUUCACCGCGGGUCUGUCGCAGGUCUCCUCGAUGGACAUUGAGAACACCGUGCUCGCAACGCUUGACGGCAUCAACCUCGUGGAAGUCGACACUCUGAUCGUGGUCAACAACAACUUCCUCAACGACAUCACCAUGCAGCUGGGCAACGUUAGCACCGCCCUGACUCUUUCUGCCAAUGGUCAAGAUGUCAGAGCCGAAUUCCCCAACCUCGAAUGGGCGACCAACAUGACCCUCUCCAACUGCUCUUCCAUCAACAUUCAAUCUCUCGCUACGGUUAACGGUUCGCUUGGUUUCUACAGCAACUUCAUGGACGGUAUUAUGGCGCCCAACCUCACUUCGGUCGGUGAGAGCUUGGCUUUUGUGAGCAACGAGAUGCUCACUAACAUUUCUGCUCCCUCUUUGAGGACAGUGGGUGGCGGUCUCAUCGUCUCCAACAACACAGAUCUGGUGCAGAUCAACGGCUUCCCACGCCUUCAGACCGUUGGCGGUGCUGUGGAUUGCAAUGGCAACUUUAAGAAUGUUAUGCUGCCAUCCCUCCAGCAAGUCAAGGGCGCCUUCAACCUCCAGUCGAAGCGCGACAUCGGGUCGUCCUGCUCGCGAUUUCAGAAGCUUGCCGGUAGUUCUGCGCCCAUCAGAGGCAAGUACACGUGCAAGAGCGGCACUGCAAACCCGAAGGGCGUGGAUAGCACCCGCGGCGGCGGCAGCAGCACCAGCAGCGGCGGCGGUUCCGGCACCUCCAGCAGCCCAGCCAACCCGAUGUACAUCUCCGGCGCGACUGGUCUGAUGGGUGUGGUGGCAGCCAUCUUUGGCAUGCUUUAA